AUGCAUCUGCCUUCGCAUUUGCGUAGCACCGUAUCGGCGCAACAGCAGAGAAUGGUUGCAUUCGACGGUGAGCGCUUCGGCCCAGCCGGGCCAGGAUUGCAAAAAGACUCGCGGUGGGAAGCACAGAGUCACGUCCAGCGGUCGCGCGCCGUCGAGGCGAGGGCCAGGGCAGCAUCAGGGCCGGCCUGGGCUGCCCAUAGCUCCAGGCCUUAUGCGGAAGAUCCCGGAUAUCAAGGCGGUCGACAGCAGUCUGCUCACUCGUACACGUCUUCUGCCAUCCACGGCUCUCUCACAAGGCAAACGAACGGAUUACAACGUCACCCGCCUGGUGCACACCUCGGCCACACAUCUCCACCCGUCAGGACUGCAACACCUGGGUCGGCUGCGCACCCACGUCGAUCCGAGCUGCCUUGCAUUCGAGCUCAGCGAGCCACAUGGCCCGGCACAGCCACACCCCUUCCUGACACCCGUCCCGGAUUGGACGCCCUUGCCCUCCUCCUCCUCGUCCCGACUCCAUCGCUUGGGCCGCCUGCCCCCCGUCGUUGCAUCGCCUCGACAAGCGCGUCUCUCAAGUCCGCCCUGUCGCUUGCACAUCCCUCUUCGCCCACGCCCAAAACCGGUCCAUCUCGACCCGGUCUCGCUGCGACCAUCGUCAUCAUUCACCAGCAUAGCCUCAAUCGGCUCGUCGAUGCACCCUCCGAGCACCCCAGCUCCUCUCCCAUCCGUCCACCAUCAACAUCAACGGCAAUACUUUAG